AUAGUGGUUAACAUAAUAUCAAUUGAUUUGAGUAACUUAAAUAGAGUAAAUAUGUCGCAAGUACUGAAAGUUUUUUCUAUUUUUAUUCUAAUGUAUACUGCGGAUGCUUUGCAGUGCUUGAAUGAAAAUGGGAGUCCUGUAGAUUGGGCUUACGUCUACAAACUUCCACGGUCUGAAAAAUCUGAUAAUGAACUGAUAAAGAAAGGAGUUGCCUAUAUUUACAUGACUUCCGACAAAAUUCGAUGGACUCUUUCAAAAUUUGGUAUAGACGAUGAUGCAUCAAUACUGUCGAAACAUAUAAAAAUUCACCUCGAAAAGAAGGAUGAUUUGACUCAUCUCGUAUACAAUGAUGUAUUACCGAACGGAGAAGAGAAUAAAACAGCAGGACAUACCAAAGGUCUCAUUUUGGCAGACUCAGACGGAGGUCUUUGGGCCACUGGCACUAUACCUGGAUAUCCUGGUCCCGAUAUGACAUAUCCAGAAAUUGGCAAGAUAAAAGGAGAAUUCUUCAGUUGUGUUUCGAUGGAUUUGAAGAAUCUGGAUAAUGCUGGUCCUGCACUCAGAUGCAGAGAGGCCCAAAUAUACGAUUCCCAUAUAGCCACUGGUAUGGAGGCAUCAUUGCCUAUGCUGUCAUCUGUCAUAAAAGGAGAACCUUCUAAAGCCAAUGCUACAAAGGUUAAGGUAGACUUUCUGAGUUCUAGAGAUGGAAUGAGAGUCGGUAUCUUAUCAAAAUCCAGUGAACUUAAUGGAGACAUAUACAAGAAAGUGAUUGGAACUCUUGUUUUGGAAGACCUUUACGUUCGAAGUGCAAUUUCUAAAGAAGACGGUUUGCCAUCUGACUGCAAAGCUCCAAGGGUGCUGAACAUUGAAUCAAUAUUCAUAAAAGCAGCUGGAAUGACGAUCCCUAAUGAAGAAGACAACGCAAAGUGGGCUAUGGGUAAUUCCUUUAUAGGUUCAUGGAUUUGCAUUGGAGAUAUGGACAGAAACGAGAGCGAAAAACACAGGGGAGGCGGUGCCUUUUGCAUGUUGAGCAAAACAGUGGUUAAACAGUUCAACAAAAUGAUCAGAUCAGUCGAAGAAUGUCCUUGAAUAAAGUGGGCAAGAUUAAUUUAGCAUUGUUCAA